AAGAUAAAUCUAAACCGGUAGGGCAUGAUCGUUUUGAGUUUUAAUUGAAGAAGAUCACGAGUUGUGAGAACGAAGAGCGAAGAGGAAAGAUUCGAUUCAAUGGGGGUCGAUUAUUACAAGGUUCUUCAAGUUGAUCGAAGCGCUAAAGAUGAAGAUUUGAAGAAAGCUUAUCGCAAACUCGCCAUGAAGUGGCAUCCCGACAAGAACCCUAACAACAAAAAAGAAGCAGAAGCCAAAUUCAAACAGAUCUCCGAAGCUUACGAUGUACUGAGCGAUCCUCAGAAGCGAGCAAUCUACGAUCAAUACGGAGAAGAAGGUCUAAACAGACAGGCUCCGCCUCCCGGUCCCGGCGAGUUUCCUGGUGGUUCAGACAGAGGGGCUUCGUUCAGGUUCAACGGCAGAAGCGCUGACGACAUCUUCUCGGAGUUCUUUGGCUUCUCGAGACCCCCUGGUGAUGGGUUUAGGUUCGCUGAGGACGUUUUCUCGUCUUAUAGGUCCUCUGCAAGGGAACCCUCUAACGCUGCUCCGCCGAGGAAAGCUGCUCCUAUAGAGAGACAGCUUCCUUGUAGCUUGGAGGAUUUGUAUAAAGGUAUCACUAAGAAGAUGAAGAUCUCGAGGGACGUUCUAGAUUCUAGCUGGAGACCAACAACUGUGGAAGAGAUCUUAACGAUAGAGAUCAAGCCAGGAUGGAAGAAAGGGACAAAGAUAACAUUCCCCGAGAAAGGAAACGAGCAGAGAGGAAUCAUACCAUCAGACCUCGUAUUUAUAGUCGACGAGAAGCCACACGCUGUGUUCAAGAGAGACGGGAACGACCUUGUAAUCACGCAGAAGAUCCCUCUGGUGGAAGCCCUCACGGGGUACACUGCUCAGGUCACGACUUUGGAUGGGAGAACGCUAACGGUUCCGGUCAACAACGUGAUCAGCCCUUCUUAUGAAGAGGUUGUGAAAGGAGAAGGCAUGCCUAUCCCUAAAGACCCGUCGAAAAAGGGAAACUUGAGGAUUAAGUUUAAUGUUAAGUUCCCUUCGAGGCUAACGACAGAGCAGAAGUCUGGAAUCAAACGGAUGUUUUCGUCUUGUUAGAUGAUGUCUCUGUACUCUGUCUGCUACAUUUGGGGUCUCACUUGGCAGUUAGGUUUCUCAACACAGCUUUUGGUUUUGGGGUUUUAGUUUUAUUUUUUUGUUUGCUUAUAAGUUGUUAUUAGACUGAAUAAAAGAAGAACUACGUUUAGGUUCUUUGCUUACUUUUUAAUUUGCUUAGAGUUUUAUAAACUUUUGUGUGUGUUUUUAUAUACAAAGGCUCAACAAAAAGAUUUCAUUUUGA